CCAAAAUGCUCAAUAGUAUACUCCCUCUCUCUCUCUCCCUCCCUCUCUCUCUCGCUCUCUGUCUUUCUGAGACCAUGUGCAUAUGGUGCAGUGUGAACGCCCAAGCCAGAUAACUUCCAAAGGCCCAGAGCCUCAAUAAAUGGCCCUUCUCCCCACUUUCUCUUCUACUUCAAAUCCCUUCUCCCUCAAAAACUCAAUGAAACCCCAAUUUCAAUCCCUUGUGUCUAAGCCCACAGUUUGCAGCAAGGAACCCAUUCCCUCUAUGUCUGAAUUAAUGGCUUCUUCCCUUAACCAAAACAUGAAACUCCACCUCAAAACCUUGGGUCCCUUCUUUAGAGUCACAGCCACAAGCUUAGCCACCCAACAAGAGCUUGGAAGGGCAGAAGGCUUCAUCAAACUCUGGUUUAAUGAGAGAAUUAUAGAAAGAAUUUUGCACCUUGAUUCUAUCAAAAUGAGAAGAGAGACUAUUGGGAUGGAGAGAUCAAUCUUUGGGCUUGGUUUGUUUGUUGGGGCAGUUGCAAUAAGGCAUGGAUAUGAUUCGGGGUGCAGGAAAGCCGAGCUCCUCUCCAUUAACGAUUCAGAUUACUACCAUUCCAAGCUUGUUAGGUUCUAUACAAGAAUGGGAUUCAAGCCUGUUCAUGAAGUUACUGGUUCAUCAAUUGGUGAUGUCCCUCACUUGUUGAUAUGGGGAGGGAGAGGCACAAGAAUGGAUGCAAAUAUUGAAGAGCUUUUGAUCAAGUGGGGAACCAGGUUUAAAGCUCAAAGCUGAUGUUUUUUUAACUCCAAACUUCAUAAAAAGGGGCUCUCUUAGUAAGGUCAUGUACAUUUUGCACUAUUCUUAUGCAGUCAAAUGGGCUUUGCAUUAAAAAGCAGCACCAAAUAACACGCCAGAAAAUCAGAUCUGAUGUCGAAAAUCUAUGAUGGUGUCGGUAUAUAUCUCAACCCGUAAUUGUGAAAACUUGAAGCUCCAAGAAUUAUCCGCGUAUACCAAAUAUAUAAACAUUUUGAUAA